AUGGCUACCAAAAUAUUUGGCAUUGUUAUGAGCAGGGCAUUCGAUACGAUCCGCAGAGACAAGCUAAUGGAAGUCUUCAAAAGUAUUCUUGACGAUGACUCGAUCAGAAUGAUUGCCAAACAACUUUUAGAGGGACUGCAUUACCUUCACUACUCACAUAUACUUCAUCGUGAUAUAAAAGCAGCCAAUAUAUUGAUUUCAAAAAAUGGAGUACUUAAAGUCGCUGAUUUUGGUCUGGCAAGAGCUUGCAAGCAAUUGAAACCCAAUCAAGGAUAUACAAACCGAGUUGUAACUCUGUGGUAUCGCCCUCCAGAGUUGUUAUUGGGAGAAAAAAUAUAUACCACUGCUGUAGAUAUAUGGGGAGUUGGCUGUAUUAUCGCAGAGUUGUUUACAAGAUCUCCAAUCAUGCAGGGCAGUAAUGAAAUACAUCAGAUGAAGCUUAUCAUUAAACUUUUGGGACCAAUUGAUCCUAGCGAUUGGCCUGAGGCAUCUUCCCUUAGACAUUUCAAGUCUAUGUCUACAUCCCCGUCGAAUGUAAGUGGGGGUAUGCAUAAGCAGAGACUGAAAUAUUACAUAUCUGAUCCUUCGGCAUCUGAUUUAGUCGACAAAAUGUUGGUUUACAAUCCUGCAAAACGUUUUGACUGCGCACAGGCUUUGGAGGAUGACUAUUUUUACGUUGAUCCUAAGCCCAUGUGCAUAGCGAAUACUCUGGCUUUACAUGGAAGCACGAUGUUUGAGUUUUUGGCUCCGAAUAGACGAGGCAAUCCUAUCACACAAAAUCAUCCAAAACGGGAGACAGUUUCUGGUGUUGUAUAUGACAGAGUCUAUUAA